AUGUCGACUCAGCCGCAGAACCCAUUGCCCCUGGUCGGGAAGCUCAUUAGUGUGGUCCCGGUGGGAUUGAAAGAGGCUGCUCUCGACUCCCCGACCUUCCGUGCAACUACGCUUCAUUUCUCUGAUCAGAUUGAAUACGUCGAAAAAUGGCUGGAUGGCUAUGCAAAGGCCGCGUCAAAGCUUGUCGCAGAGCUUGCGGCUAUAGAUACCGUCGUGAACACAUUCCUGGCAUAUUCGUCGAACCCUCUCGCUGUUUCCGAAGCCGUGCUCGACCAUGAUUAUACUCUACAGGCGAUGAGCCGAUAUGGGGAGAGCGCGAGGGACCUGUGGAAUGGGAUGACUGCGACCACGAAGAAAAUAGAGUCGCUUGUUGCGGAGCCUAUCAGGACCUUCAUACACGAGGAUCUACGGAAUUUCAAGGAGACUCGACGAGCCCUCGAACUCGCGCAAAAACAAUACGACUACCUGUUGUCGAAAUUCUCCUCGCAAUCCAAGUCGAAAGAGCCUUCGUCCCUUCGAGAAGAUGCCUUUCAGCUUCACGAAGCCCGCAAAGCGUAUCUCAAAGCAUCAAUGGAUUUCUCAGUGCAAGCCCCCCAAAUACGAAACUCCCUCGAUCGAUUGCUCGUUCGGGUCUCGUCCGACCAGUGGAGGGAAUUCAAGGCUCUCCAUCAUAACAACGGCGCAUCCUUCGCUAAGUGGGGCCAGGAAAUGGAUCGCAUAAAGGGGUGGAUUCAUGAAAUGGAGGGCAGUGAAAGGUUCUCAAAGCGAGAACUUCUCUCUGCCAGGAAACAGAUUGAAGAAGCAGCGGAGCUGGCUGCACGACCUUCUCGGGAGCUGGAAGACUAUUCAAUAUCCACCGUUCCCUAUCUAGGCUCACGGCCUCUAUCAACCCUCAAUAUGACAAAGGAGCCCCGCCCAGAGAAACAAGGAUGGGUGUAUCUGCGAACAUUGUCAGCCAAACCAACCCGUACUGUUUGGGUAAGACGCUGGGCUUUCCUGAAAAAUGGUAUCUUUGGCUGCCUCGUGCAGGGUUCCAGGACUGGUGGUGUUGAAGAAAGCGAGAGAAUAGGUGUGCUGCUGUGCAGUAUACGGCCAGCUUUCCAAGAAGAGCGCCGAUUCUGCUUCGAAGUCAAGACCAAGAGCAAUACUAUACUGCUUCAGGCGGAGACGCAGAAGGAGUUGAUGGAAUGGAUUGCCGCAUUCGAGGCAGCCAAACGUAAAGCGCUGGAGAACCCGACGAGUACUGAUAUUUCGGUUUCCGGGAAAGUGACCGUUCAAGAUCCAGCCUUUGCGAUCUCUCAGCCUCCAGCCCCCGAAUUUGCCGCAGAUCCAGCUGACUCUCUCACACCACACGCAAAUGAUGAACAGGCAUCAUCGGAUCGCAGCGGAAUCCUAGCUCUUCCGGAGCGGGACCCAUCUGUCUUCCGCAAUAGCAGCGAUCUCGGCAGCCCUCGCCGGAUGACUGCAUUGGAUUCCGAGAGUUCCGCGCGAGAUCAUACAUCCCGAAUUAUUCAAAAAUUAGAUCUCCACCGCAAGUCCAACAAUGCAGUCCCGCCCUCGGUGUCUCUACCGGGGGGUGGUGGCGGUAUAGCGGGUUUGCUGUCCUCCGGCCAUAGUGUCCUUUGUCACCACAACAAUCCCUCAACAGGUGGAUUAGAAGGCGACGUGAACAGAGGCCGUAGCUUGACGAAUAACAGCCUUCCCCCUACAACACUUGCGCCGCCGACAUUAGCGAACCCACCUGCUCCCACAAGCAUGAGCAAGGCGGCCGUGAUUGUAAGUAAUGAACGGGGUAUUGGUUUAGGACAAGCCGACAAGACGGGCGGGAUGCCCAGUGGCAUGAUGGCGAAUCUGUGGGGAAGUUCCAACUGGGGCUUCAUGAACCGGCUAGAACACGAACACGAAGCCCAGGCCGCAGAUACAGCUCAUGAAACCACCCCCGUACAACUCACAUCAUCUCCAAUAAGUGAUUCGUCGAAACACCAACAGCCAAAUGGUGCGGACGCGGUCAAUGGCUCUACAGCAACCAAACCGGUAUCUGGGCCUCGCCAUAGGCAGACUGUCAGUCUUGAUGGAGAUGCAUCCAAGGUACAGAGGGCGAUCCUUGGUAUCUCGCACGACUAUCCCAGUUACUAUCCUCAGCAACUCAAGCAACAAGAUGCACAGUUUCGUCUGCUUUUCCCUGAUGUCAAGAGAGAAGAGCCUCUGGUUAUGGUCUUCCGUGCCACGUGGAAUCCGAACGACCAGCAAGAGUUUCCAGGAAGGGCUUAUGUCACGACCAGGAGCAUUUACUUCUAUAGUCACUACUUCGGAUUGGUAUUGACGACGGGAGUCUCGCUAGAGAGCAUUAAGGAGGUCACAGCUGCCUCCGGUAGAGACUGUGACUUUUUGUUCCUACAUACUAUCCCUCCCAUUGGUGGUGAUACUCCUGGGCGGGUCACGGUGAAGACGUUCCUCGAGCCUUUGAGACUUCUUCAAAGACGACUCAAUUUCUUGAUUCAUGACUCAACGGCGGUUGAGCCUUUGGGCUUGGAAGCGAUCUUCAAAGCUCUGAUCAAGAUGGAGACAGAUACAAGGACGCGUAGUCCUAGCAUGAAUAGCUGGGAAGAUGUGGCUGCCUUGGAUGAUAAUAAUGGCGACGGGGAGGACCAUGUUGAUACAGCGCUGCGGAAAGAUAUCAGACCCCCAAUCUACAUCGACAAUGAUCUUGAUUUGCAUUCGAAGAAUGGCGGUCAUGGCAAGCAUACGACAAGAUUCCGUUUGCCAACACAACCUGUCCAAUAUGUUCCUCAGGGCAAUCUCCAUCUUGCAGCGGAAAAGAUAUUCGAUAUCAGCCCGAAAGCUAUCUUCCAUAUUCUUUUCGGAGACAAGAGUGCCGUGUGGCAGCUUCUUCUACAUGAAAGAAGAUCCAAGGAUAUCAAGCAAGGACCAUGGAUUAGGAACGAAUCUCGUCACUUGAGACGCGACUUUGAAUAUCAUAUCGAGACGACGGAUUUGCUUGGACGUACCCAAGACAAGACGAUUUCCGAUUAUCAAAUGAUCGAUGUUCUCAACGACCAUCUAUGCUAUGUGGUGACGGAUAAGCGAACCCCAUGGCAUCUUCCUUUCAAGCGCUCGUUCAGGUUGGUCAGCAAAAUCGUGAUUACAUUCGUCGCCAAGGGAAAGAGCAAGCUCGCUGUCUAUACGAAAGUGGAGUGGCUGUCCUCGCCUUACGGCCUUCAGAAGAUCAUCGAUAAGCAAGCAACAGGGGACCUGGAGCAAGAUUCCCUAGACCUAGUUGAUCUGGUCAGCGACCAGGUACGCAAACUGGGCGCCCACAGUCGGACUAAGAAAGCCAUCACGAUAUUCGGUCACGUCGGAAGGCAGCAUCAUGCAUCUCAGUUGUCGCGCAACGAAUCAGUCCUGAAACUCGAACCUCGCAAGCCUCGACAUCAGAGGACUUUGACUCAACUCUUGCUUGAGACGCUCCUAUCCUUCAUUGAGAGCGCUGUUUCAUCCGUGAUGAUGUGGACUUUUGGUCUCCUACGCUGGGCCUGGAAAACCACAAACGCCAACAUGGUGAUUAUUGCGCUCCUUAUCGGCAGCGCCAUAGUCAAUGGACUCUUUACUUCGCGGUACACUUACGACUGGUGGCAUGAGAGGAACGCUGGGAACUUCAUGGCUCGUCUCGGGGUACACCCCGAUCAUGUGAUGAGCAAAGCGAUUUAUUUGAGCGAUAUUGAUGAGGUGAUUGCCAACUCGACUGUGGGUCAAGCCAGCAACAAUAUGAGCAAUUGUUUCUCUACUUUUUACCAACAAACGGUGCGUGACCCGGGCACAGGCCUGUCAUUUGGUGCCCCGGGUCCGCGAGACUCAGUGACAAAGAGCGCAGCCAGGCGGAUACAGCAGACCCGCGAACGACUUGCGGAGUAUCGGCACAAUUUGCUGGUGGCACUUCGCGUGGUGAACAGUAUCGAGAGGGAGGUAAUCCAAGGUGAAUGGGAGCGUUGGCUUCGGCAGGAACUGCGACGCUGCCACCAAGUCGAGGUUCUCCUUGGAAAGGGUGACAAGGAUGCUGAAACCGACGAGCAUGCGGGCCAGGCUGGCCAGACUGUCUUUGCUGAGCUUGCGGAUGAUGUCGAGCAGUGGUACGACAAGUACUGUACCAGUUGCCAGAUUGAACAGAAGCAGCUUGACGAGACUGGUCGUAUAUAUGGUAUUUAG